AUGGCGAAAGGUGCAACGAAGAGAUGCUGCUAUGAUUGGGCCUUGACUUCCCUUCAAAGGAACAAGUUGCAGCAUGCCCUAUGUGGAAACGGGGCAGGUGGGUCGCGCACCACUGCGCGAAAGAGAAAAGAGAGCGAAGUGCGAGCAGAUCCAGUUGCGGGUUUUGAUUUGUCUCAGCUUGCUCCACUGCUCAUGCUUUUGCAGCAGGUUUUAGCUUUGGUUAACAGCGGCAGUUUUGAUUUGCAAGACGUGUUGCAAAAGUUAGGUGCUGUGAUGAACGGUUCUUCCAAGAAGGGAGGGACUAACACACCGACCAAAAAAGAGGCGCAAGAAAAGAAACCAUUUUCUGAAAGGACUUUUGCCGAUUCGAAACAGCAGCUUGACAAAGCUGCGCCAUCUAAGCCAGACAAAGGGUCGACCGACCCACAUCCUGCGGGUCGCACAUUUGUGCAAGUUGCAGGAGCUGCAGGUGAGAAGCAGGUUUUCCAACCGGUAUGGCAACUGAGGCCUUCAGAUUGGGACGCCAGCAUUUUGUCCAUUGAUGAAAUCACGCAUAGGAUUUGUGAAAAGAGCCCUGCCAAACUUCAGGCAGUGUCCUUUGUGCAGAAUGAUAGCGAACUGGACGAACUUCGUACUCUGCUAUCUGGAUUUGAGGACGCCAGUCAUGAACUUGGUAUCACCGCAAUCAUGUUGGCAACAAAGGGUGACACACCAAAGCAAGAUGGUGAAAUCAUCCAGGUGCCAGGCAAGAGGCAAGGCAAAGUGACACCGAGAAUGGCACACGUCGUGAAGCUUGGUUCCAAUUGCCCGUCCUUGAAGAGAACAAUUCGACGCAUCGAAUCUACCCCGGAGAUGGUCAAAACAGUCGUGCUUCGACUCGCCACUGAGGCACGCUACCACGAUGAAAGCAAGUGGAAGGCCAUCCUUGAGCACUCAUCACACGCUGCGCACAAGUGGUUGCAUUCCAACUUGCCUGCUGUAAUGCAGCGCAAAGUCAGAGACACUUGGGGAUGGCAGUUGGAAUCCUCAAAGGGUGGUGGAAAAGCGUUGGUCACUGCUAUGGUUCGUGUGGAGCACACAGCGGUCAACUCCAUGCUUUCCCUCUCAGGUAAAGAGUCUUGGUUUAUCGAGCCUUUGCGCUGGGAUCAGCCUGAUGUGCCUGCUUGUGAAGUCAAGUGGGUUAAAAGGAACCCCGAAGAGCCGGGACCUCAGUAUGCAAACCGAGUACAUGCAGAGGCUGGGAACCUUGGAGUUGCCCGAGGUUGGAAAAGCCUCGGUGUUCGUGUGCCUCGGGGAUCUGAGACAAGAAGCAAGACCCGUACCAAAACAUGGAGGGUCACUGGGGUUCCAAGUGAUUGGAGCCACGAGCCAGUCUUCGCAGAACUUCAGGCAGCUGGCCUGUCCAACUUGCAGCUGACGAGUCGCAAGUCUUAUGGCAGAAAAGCAACGCUUUUUCUGACAGCCUCCUGUGAGAAUGAUGUUGAUUUCGUUGAAAUUCGUUUCGAAGGAAGCCCCAUGAUUGCAACAGCUUUCAACCCUGCCAAGCAUCACCGGAGUGAGCGCAAGCCCCUGAAGUCUGGUAGUGGCCUGUCUUUUGCUCCUGAUGCCUUCCCGUCCGAGACAGAUACCCAUGGCAAAUCGGUGAGAACUUCCUUCUAUGUUGCUUCACCGGUGAAGAAGAAGCAAAAAGUUGAAGAGGUUGCUGAAACCCAGCUAGAUGCAAGCCAACCAGAUUCAUCUAUGGAUACCAGAGAACCUGCAGAAGCGACUUCACCCCGUGAGGGCGCUGCAGGAAAGCGAGCAGCCGGUUCGCCCAACAAGGGCGAUGAUUGUGCGCCCAGGUCCAAAGUUCUUAAGCGACCAGUGCCGAGUGGUAUGAGUCGUGUGAAGAAUGCUGGGCAAGGGAAUUGUCUGUUUGAAGCCAUCGGUCAGGCUUUGAGUCCGAACAAGCCGAAGCAUGGCCGAACUGUGCGUGCUGCAAUUGUGACCCAUUUGCGACGUCACUCAGACCGCUACCAGCCUUGGUGGGACGCUUUGGGGCCUGACGGCAAGUCUUGUGACAGUUUUGACGCCUACCUCAAGCUCCUCAAUAAGCCUGGCGCUUGGGCGGGCUGUUUGGAGAUCGCCGCCGCCGCGGCGCACUAUGACAAAGCCAUUUACGUUUUUGGUCCUGUCUUGCAGUCCCAUGUUGAGGGAUACAAUACGUCUUGUGCCAAUGGUUAUCUCUCUUUGUGGUAUGAGGAUAACCAUUACGAGUGGCUCAAAGGUCCGGUUCCCGAUGAUGUCCGCAAAAAUGUUUGCAAUGGUCCUUUGCAAGGCGGGCGGGGAGGCGCGACCUCCAGCAAAGUUUCGACUUCUGCAUCUGGGCGCACGAGGUCCUCUGCGUUGCCGCCCCCUCCAAGUUUUGGCGGGCGUACCAGAAAGUCUGCCUUGCCUGACCUCCCGGUGCCCUCUGUUCUCAGUGCUCAGCGGAACACCCAGGUGUCAGCAAAGUCUGUGAGCAGCAGCCGUUGUCUUGAUGAGGUUGAUCUUGCUGAUCGUGAUGACAUGCCGGAUCCUCCACCAGUUACGUCCGCCAGGGACAAGAAUCAGCCGCAAGAUUGGGUUUGCCCUGAAUGUGGAUUCAGAACUGGUCUCCAUAAGAAUUGGAGCAAAAUCCGUAGGAACCAUGUGGUGACUUGGCAUGCUGAGAAGAAGAAUUUCUACAACCGACACAGAGUCGCUGACCUGAUCCCAUGGGAUCCCGACCUUUGCUCUUGGAAAUGCCCUCUGUGCGCUUCGGGUGUCCCAAAGACUGUCAGCGAUGUUGAUAUGCAUUACAGAAUGCGUUUGGCUCACCGUGAUAGAUGCCACCCCAGGGCCAAACGCCAGCGUUUCGUGCGUGCCCGAGGCAGCAGUGCCAAUGCACGAAAGGCGACCAUCGCCAAGACUGCUGCAGGCCUGGCAAGAAGAAUGGUUGAUUUGAAGGCCGGUGAGCAGGGAGAGCACGAUUGCGAGAUCCUCCAGCUCCCACAUGUUGGCAAAGGCAAAGCUGUGCGUCGAUUCCACAACAAGCUUUUUUGUAAGAAGUGUAAGGCCUUGGCAAGCUCCGUCAAGAAGCUUUCAAGCGUGAGAUGCGAUGCCUCCUUCAAAGGAGGUCCGAAGCGAAAGCAGCUGAUUGCUAGUUUGCAAAAGUUUGCUGAUAAGCUCAGUGUAGGUUCGCAGGAGCACACCGCAACCUUGCAGGUGGUUUCGAAGAUUUCUCCUCCUGCCAAUGUGGAUGAGCUGGUCCCAAGAGCCCACAAUGUGGUCCAGGUCCAGACGCCAGGCAAACGCAAGCAGGCCGCUUUGUUCUGCACUCGCUGCCGUCGCCUGUCUGCCACAAAGAAGCAUUUGAAUAAGUUCAACUGCAGUUCAGCAGCGGUUUGGUCCCCUGCGCGUGAGCGGGUCUUGCGACAGCAGCUCAACCCCAUGACUGUACUUGAAGCUGCCAAUGGGGGACAACGAUGUCCCAAGCAUGAUGGUGCCUUGCGAAUCGCCACACUCAAUGUGCGUUCUCUCAAGGGCAAAAUGCCCGAAGUGUUGCAACUGGCUGACAGCUUGUCAGUCGAUAUUUUGUGUCUGCAGGAAGUCAGACUUUCUGAAGAUAACUUGCUGGCCGCGUCUCACGCAGCCAAGCGCAGUGGUUGGCAAUUUUUCGCUAGCCCUUGUGCUAUGAACAAUGCGGGAGCACCUACUGCCGGUGUUGCCAUACUUAGCAAAUGGCCUGUUGACAAAUAUGUGUUACCUGACCCCUCCUGUGUUCUCCGGGCACAACAAGGCAGGUGGCAAAUCAUGAGAGUGCACAGGCCUGGUUCACGGCCUUUUUUGUGCGUCAACCUUUAUUUGCAUGCUUCGGAUAAGAUGCAAGCCCGGAACUUAGGUAAGAGUCUCUUUGAGGCGAUCGCUGUCAGCGGUGAAGAUUGCAUCUUCAUAGGUGACUGGAACUGCACCGCUGAAGAAGAGCCUGUGCGUUCAGUUCUUCGCAGUGGGUGUUUGCAUAUGGCCGAUGAUGUGGCUGGCAUUGAAACCCUAGCCAUUCCGACUCACGACAAAGGUCGGCAUAUUGACUUUGCUUUACACUCUAUAGGUCUUGUCCCUUGCGCCAGAAGCCAGUCCGCAGGGAUUGCUGACCACUGCGCAGUCAUGUAUGAUUUUGCGGUUGCCGGUUUGGAGCCUUGUUUCAAAGUCCCUCCUCCUAAGACCUUAAAGGCAAAAGAACCCGUCGAGCAAGAGCGGUGGGAUGCUUCUUUUCCUCUUGAACGGUUUGAUUUGUUGUUAGCGCAGCAGGAUGUUCAGCGUGCUUGGAAUUUGUUAAGUGACCAUGCCGAGUCUCUUUUGCAACCCCAUUCGGUAGGUCGUUCACGCACGACAGUUCCUGGUCCCACAUGUGUUGCCACAGCGCCCACUAAGGUCGAAAGACUUCAGACUGUGUUGGAGCGUCGCCUCCGUCGCACCCUGCGACGUCUGGCAGAGCUGCAAAAGACUGAUGCUGAUUGGAGCUUGGCACGUAAAGUGCUGAAUGCGCUGCCGUACUUGCAAAAGCAUUUUCCUGAGCUCACUGAGGUUCAGAAUCUGGACACAAAUCUUAUCGCUGUCCUCGAGCAAUGCUUGCAGAAAGAAAUAUGUGCUAGUCGGGAAGCUCGGCUGCAGUCCUGGAAGCGUAAAAUGGAGGAAGACGAGUCUUCCCUUGUUCGAUGGGUGAAAGGAGCUGACAAGGUUUCUUGCUUUGCCACUGACGACUCUCGGGUCCCGGUGCACCCACAGCGCAAAGCCGAACAUUUUGCAAAUUUUUGGCAGAAAGUUUGGUCCCCGCCUUCCCUGGCUCAAGAAGAGGCUGUUGACCCUUUCUUGGAUUGGAUCCCGCCCGGGGGUUUUUCUUGCUCAGAGCCAAAUUUCACACCUGCAAAUCUCAGAUCUCAGGUACGAAAAGCUGUUGGCAAGGCCCAUGGGCCUGACGGUUGGACGGGUGACUCAUGGUCCUUGUUGCCCAUGGGUUUCUUUGAUGCCUUGGCCAAGUUGUGGAAUGUGGUUAUGAAAACGGCGCGCUUGCCAUACCAGUGGCACUCAGUUCGUUGCGUUUUGAUUCCCAAAGAGGUCGGACUCCGACCCAUCAGCAUUGCAACCCUUGCCUGGCGAACUGGCAUAGGUGUCCUUGCUCAGCAGCUGGCUCAUUGGAUUGAUUCAUGGGCCCCUGAUGAACUUGUGGGCGGUUUGAAAGGCCGAUCUUCAGCUACUGCGCAUGAACAAUUGCAUGAGAGCAUAGCUUGGCCCAAGGUUUUUGGAGCUAAGAUCGACAUUGCCAAAUGCUUCGACCAUGUCGAUGUUAAGCAAGCUCUUCGUGUCUGGUCCAAGUUGGGGGCACCUCACACUGUGGUGGCUGUCCUCCAAUCCUUUUAUGACAAACAGACGAAAACCAUGGAAUGGUUAGGUUCUUCCACUAAACCUUUUGGUUGUUCUCGAGGCCUUUUGCAGGGUUGUCCCUUGAGUUGCGGUCUGCUAGCCGGCCUGAUGACGGUGUGGUAUUGGCACAUUAAAGCCAGUGCACCCCAAGUCUGUGUCUCUGUUUUUAUUGAUGACAGAACCCUGUGGAGCUCCGAUUGGCGUCAGCUUUGUCUGUCACUCGAAGCGUCCAGUAGGAUUGAAGAGGCUUUGGGCUUGAGUCUGAAUCACUCCAAAUGCGAGCUUUUUUGUAAGUGUUCUUCAUUUCAGCUCGUUUCAGUGAAACGGUGGAAUCAUGAGUCCCACCGGAACUGGAAAGUUUGCAGACAAUUUAAGCUCCUUGGUGUCCACUACUCUCUCUCCAAGCGUCGGCGCACACCUGUAGAGGACACUGUGACUCGCAAGGUUUCUGCGCGACUGCGCAGACUUCGGACCGCAACCAGCAACCAGAGAAACAAACGCAAGCUCACGCGCAGUUUGGUGUUGUCUUUGUUUGCUCAUUCGGGGCCGUGGACAACUGUGUCCAAAAAGCUCUUGAAUCAGUGGCGUAACACCAUUGAGCAAACCAUCAUCGGCCGUGCCGUGCCGGGCAGGUCUCGUUUUCUGCUUUGGCAGUAUUUAGGUCCGGAUCUUUGUCCUGAAUUCGCGUUGGACAGGCGGGUAGUCUUUCAUGAGCUUUGGAAAGUCAGACGUGCUGUCUCAAGUUGCUGUUCCCUGCUCGACAUCGAGCAGGUGUGUGCCGCUAUGCCCCAACCUUCGACCUCUUACCGAUUGGCAGAAGUUUUGAACAAGUGGCAGGGGGACCUUGAUUUGGCAUUUGACGGGUUGCCGGCAAUCAAAGAGGCCAUGAGACACGCAUGGCUGGCGUACCUUUGGAGAAACGAGCCCCGCGCGCAAGAUGACGCGGAGGUUUGUCAACGUGUUUUGCCAGUCUACCAGGGACUGGAUCAAAACAUUUUUGGCGCUGAAUCGGUUGCUGUUUUGAAAGCUUUCAUUGCUGCGACUCAUUUGCGCGUAGAUCUUCUGUUGGUUUGCGAUAACCUUGCAGUCGUCAGACGUGUGAAGCAAAUCCAAACGACGGGAUAUUUGCCUCAGUGGGCGCCGGGCCUGUGGAAGGCCUUAAGCUUAGUUUGCUCCACCCACGAAAUUGCGUGGGUGCCUUCGCACGAUAAGCUUCUUGAUUGGACCCCGUCCCUUGCUGGCCACAUGGCUGAGACUUGGAGACUCCUCAACAAGCGAGCCGACGCCAAAGCUCAGGAACAGGCCGCUCGGUCUGUGCACGAGCUUCUUGAUUGGAAAUUUACCUUUGAUGCUGCAGUGGCCUGGUCUGCUUCAGCGCUUGAUAGGCAGCGGAGUGCUUUGCGGUUCCUGAGGCGCCUCAUCGCUCCUUCCGCACCCAGCUGUGAUGUUCCUUCUGUUGGCUUGUCAGCUUGA